AGCAACCACUCCUACAAAUUCCCACUAUUAUUAGCCCCUCCAGCCAAUCCAGUCAACGCGUUCAAGCGCCGUUGGCCACGCGCAAUGGUGAAGACGUCGUGGAGCGCACUGCUCGGCCUCGGCUGCUUCAGCUCGCACCAUGGCGACGACUCCGGCCGGCCGCCCAAACCGGCGCCGCUACCAGACGAUGACGUCGACGGCCCGAUGAAGACGGCCGGCAGCGGCAUGAUGCCGUCGCCGGAGGACCUGUCCAUGUCGUUGGCGGGGUCCGGCGUGGAGGCGUUCACGGUGGAUGAGCUCCGGACGGCGACGCGGGACUUCUCCACCAGCAACUUCGUCGGCGAGGGUGGCUUCGGCCCGGUCUACAAGGGCUACGUCGACGAGCGGCUCAAGCCCGGCGUGCGCGCGCAGGCAGUCGCCGUCAAGCUGCUCGACCUCGAGGGCUCGCAGGGGCACAAGGAGUGGCUGGCUGAAGUCGUUCUUCUGGGACAACUAAGGCAUCCUCACCUCGUCAAGCUGAUCGGAUACUGCUACGAGGAUGAGCACAGACUCCUCGUCUACGAGUUCAUGGCAAGAGGCAGUCUCGAGAAGCAUCUUUUCAAGAAGUACUCUGCGUCGUUGCCGUGGUCAACACGGCUGAAGAUCGCCAUUGGAGCCGCCAAAGGUUUGGCCUUCCUCCAUGACGCCACCAAGCCCGUCAUCUAUCGUGACUUCAAGACCUCCAACAUACUGCUUGACACGAAUUACAAUGCGAAGCUUUCUGAUUUUGGUCUAGCCAAGGAUGGGCCCGACGGAGAAGAGACACAUGUCUCCACACGAGUCAUAGGUACACAAGGCUACGCUGCACCAGAGUACAUCAUGACCGGUCAUCUUACAACGAAGAGCGAUGUGUAUAGCUUUGGUGUGGUGUUGUUGGAGCUCCUGACGGGGCGGAAGGUGGUUGACAAGAACCGGCCACCCCGAGAGCAAAGCCUCAUCGAGUGGGCACAGCCGUACUUAUUGCACGACUCCUCACGCCGACUAGACCGCGCCAUCGACAAGAGCCUAGAUGGACAAUACUCGCGUCUAGCUGUCCAGAAGGCCGCAGCUAUGGCGUAUCAGUGCCUAAGUGUCAGCCCAAAGUCGCGGCCACUGAUGUCGGUCGUCGUGGAGGCUCUGGAGUUGUUGCUCGCCAUGGACGAUGUCGCCAUCGAACCGUUCGUCUACAUUGUGCCAUCGGAGAACAAAUGACUUUUAACGAUGAUGUGUAACAUACCAUCAGAUACAGUUUAUAUAAUUAGUCUAUGCAUGUUAACUUCA